AUGGUCAAGAUUACUAUUCGUUUGGUCGGCGAAGAGAAUGAUAAAUUAUUCAAGCGUAUUGAGUUGGAUCCACAGAUUCAUGUCGAUGACCUGGUGAAGCGAAUAGAGACUCUGACGAAUAUUCCUUGCGAUUAUCAACAAAUCCAAUUCCGUGAUGAAGAGCUACCCGUUGUUGAGCAUCCUCUUCAGGCCAUCAAGUUUGGCGAAGAAAUUGUUGUCAAACAUGCUGAUCUUCCAUGGUGGACCGAGUACAAAGAAUGUGUUGAGUUAGUGUUGAAGCAGCGCCCGGACAAAAUUCAUGGAGAAGAUUCGGUUUCGAAGUACAACAUUAAAUGCCACCAUUAUGGCCCAAAAGGCUCGAGCUCAGGCCAGGUGCCGGACGUCUCCGAAUUCUAUUGCUAUAAAUUAUUAGCAUUAAUCGGUGUCGGCCCCAAAUCUCAUAUUAUCCCUCCUAUUAAAUCGACUGGAACCAAAACAAGCACAGACAUUGCUACUCAAUGGGACGACAGAUUUGAGCUUCUUGAAAACGUUAUUAAUGAGAACAGCCUUUGCGCGGAUGUCGUUGUUCAAUUGGUUAUGCUUAGAGUGCUCCUAUUCAUUUCUGAUCUACAUGAACAGAACUGCGGAAGUAAACAG